AAUAAUAAGAAAAUUUCAAAAGCUCCACCAAAAAGCCAAUAACAUUUUUGUUUCGUCUCAUUAUUUUCCGCCAUUUUGUAAAAUAAUAUUUUAAUAAACUGUACAUUAUUAGUCUGAAAGUUGUCUUGAAAGUGAGAAGGUUGAGUAGUAAGUGAUAAAAGUGCAAAUUUUCUAAAAAAAAAAUAACAAACAAGUUGACGGAAAAAGUAAGUUUUUAAGUUAUUUUUUAUAAAAUUGUGUGAUAUUAUUAUAUAUUUGUGUUGGAAAAACAUUCAAUUAACUUUUAAAAGGUUUGUUUUUUUUAAAAUGUUAAAUAUUAUUUUUAUUAUUAAUAGUCCGCUUUCUAAAACUAAAAAAUUACAUGAAUUUUAGUUCCCGGACACGAUUGUCCGAAUACUGAAAAAUUACGAAAUUUACAAUUUGACAAAUCUUUAUGCAUGAUAACUUAAAUUUGCAUAUUUUAAAGUUACUUUCAAAUUUUUAGCCUUUAAAUUCGUAAAAAUUCAGUUUUCGGACGCGAAAAAAACAAAUAUGGCUACUUGUCCGAAAAUUAGUAUAUAUGUAACAUAGCACUGUUUAUUUUCCGGACAACCUCUUUUUACUAUGCUAAAGAAACCUAUCUACAUUAAAUUUUUUCGCCGUCUUACCAAUUCGUUUUCAACUUCUUCAGCAAAAUGAACGAGGACAAAAUUAAUCAAAAAAAUUCAACAAAUAGUCAAUCGAAUUGUGCGAAAGAUACCGGAAAUAAAACAGGAGCUGCAUUUAAAGAUAUCCGAAAUAAUAAAAUAAGUAUUAGAGCCGCAGCAGAAAAAUAUGGGAUACCCCGCUCAACACUGCAUGACAAAUUGUCCAGAUCCUGUUCUCACUAAAGACGAAGAAUUACAAAUAGCUGAAUGGUGUGGAAAACUAAGCAAAUGUGGAUUCCCACUUAAAGUUGAUGAUUUGCUUAAUACAGUGGAACAAAUUUUGAAGCACACUGGACGAGCAAAUCCAUUCAAAAAUGGACGUCCUGGUAGAACAUGGCUUCGUGGUUUUUUCAGACGAAAUCCAGGGUUAUCGUUGAAGGAAGCAGAAAAUAUCACCAAGGGUCGUGCUGUUGUUACAGAGGAGUAUAUCAAAAAAUGGUUUCAAGAUCUUUCAAUUUUUCUUGAGAGUAUAAGUCAAACUACUUUACUAAAUGACCCUAGGCCGAUCAUAAAUGGUGAUGAAACGAGCUUCAGCUUGUGCCCAAAAACAGGCAAAGUCAUUGCUCCCAAAUCAUAUAAAAAUGUAUACCAAAUACAAACGGGGAACGAAAAGGAAACUUUGACAGUGCUUUUCGUUUGCACAGCUGAUGGCAAAGUUCUACCCCCAAUGGUAAUAUUCCCGUACAUUAGACCACCAAAAGAAGUUGUUGACAGUGUACCUCAAAACUGGUUUUUGGGACGUACAGGAAGCGGUUGGAUGCGUAAUGAAACUUUCUUUGAAUAUGUGGCAAACUGCGUAAAUGUUUGGAUUGAAAAACAAAAUAUUCCACGUCCGGUAUUGUUUUUUGUUGAUGGUCAUAAAUCUCACUUAACCAUGGAGCUUAGCACUUUUUGUGACGAAAAUGGUAUAAUUUUAUAUGCUCUUCCUGUUAACACGACCCACAUAAUGCAGCCACUGGAUGUGAGUGUCUUUAAGCCUUUAAAAACAGGCUGGAAGGAAACGGUUAGAAAUUGGCAAUCAAAAAAUUUUGGAGUAGCUUUAACAAAGAAAACAUUUUGUCCAUUUUGGAACAGGAAAAAAUUCAAAAAGCUGAUGCAAUUAAACAAAGAAAAUUGGAAAGAUUGCAGAAAAGGGAGCUUUCAGUUAAAAAAUCUGAACUCAAGAGAAAAUAUAAAAAAUCUAACUAUAAAAACGUUUCCUUAAAAAAGGAAAAGGAAUAAUACACUAAUUUUAAUGCAAAAAAAA